AUGACUAGCCAAAGGUUAAUUGUGUACGGAGGGCGAGGCGCUUUAGGGAAUGUAUGCAUAAACCACUUCAAACAAGCAAACUGGUGGGUAGCAAAUAUUGACUUAAAACCAAAUGCUAGUGCUGAUUUCAACAUCAUUGUGCCCCCGGAUGCGACAUGGUUUCAGCAAGAAAAACAUGUCAUCACCAUGCUGGGUACGGCUCUAAAAGAUGAAAAACUAGAUGCAAUAGUCUGCGCAGCAGGUGGUUACAGACGUGGUAAUACCGUACAAAACUUCACUGAAAAUGCUGAACUGAUGUGGAAACAGUCUGUGUGGCCUUCCUCGAUCGCUGCCUCUAUUGCUACUAAGUUUCUGAGUAAAGGAGGUCUGUUAGCAUUAACUGGUGCCAAAGCUGCUUUAGGAAGCACCCCCGAUGCGAUUGGCUAUGGUAUGGCCAAGGCUGCAGUACAUCAACUGACAAAAUCUCUUGGUGCCAAAGACUCUGGUAUGCCAGAGGAUUCCAUAACUGUAGGAAUACUUCCCAAGACAUUGGAUACAGAUGUGAACAGGCAAUGUAUGCCGAAAGGCAACUUUAGCACCUGGACGCCACUGAGUUUUGUACCAGAUUUGUUAGAAUCGUGGAUUAAAGGCGUUAACUGUCCACCAAGCGGCAGCUUAAUCAAGCUUGAUACUAAACACUAUAACACAGAAGUGACCAUAUCUAAAACAAACGUAGAAAAAGUUGAUGUUAUUAUGGAUUAG